UGGUCCGGAAGAACUCCCGUUGACCGAGCGCUGUUUGCUGGGCGGCAGAUUUCGUGCGUUAUGAACGUAAUGGGGACGCCGUAGUUCUACUGUUAUUGUUAUUCAGAUGAUUUGAAGGUUUUUUUGUGUGCGUGUCUGUGAUAGUUUAUUACUAACUGGUUGACAACGGUAGCAUUAAUGUCUGUCCGAUCAGAUCUGACCAUAAUUCAAAGAGUUUAAUAGUUACGUGACUUGUAGUUAAGGUGAAGAUAUUAAGCGAUUCAGAACAGCAUCAACGAAACGAACCUAGAAUGGAAUCGUUUAUGGAUAACUUCAGUGAGAGGAGUGACGUGGAACGGGAGUGGCUGCAGGAGCUAUUCGUGUUCGUGAGGGACAAUCUGUUCCCGGUUCUCGGUCCAACCACCGGUAGUGUUUCCCCGGAACAGCUCUCGCUAGCCAUGAUACGGAGAGUGGAAGGGGCGGUGGGCUCCUCGUCUGCCCGGUCUCUGCCGCUCAGUUACAGGCUCAUCUCCGUAGCUGAGCUGGUUACCUGGCAACGCACACCCUGCUGUAGCAACCUGACCUGGAGCACCGCUCAGCACAGAGAAUGGGUCCGGGAGGCGGAGCAGGCUCUGCCCAAUCACAAGGCUUUGCCGCGUGCCAGCCUGUUGCUGAUAGGCUGUCUCAGUGAUGGGUGUGACCCAGAGAGGUCACGUGACGGAGCGUGGCGUGUGAGGGACGCCACCGGGACCGUGCACUGUGAGCUACUGAGCCCCUCCCCUCUCUGGCUGGGCCUGCCAGUUCUCUUCCCCUGCUGGAAUUACAUCCCCCAGCCUGCACUGGGGAAGGACCAGGAAGUGGAGGAGAGGGGCUACCUGGAGCUGGUUGGCUGUCCCCUACCCCUGACCUCUGACCCUGAGAUAACCUUUAACCCUGCAGGGGUCAACCUGAAGAGAGCUGUGGGGGUCAGAGAAGCUGCAGAACUCAUACAGCACAGGGUGCGAGGCCUUCGUGUGAAGGUUUAUGGGGAGGUUUCUGGAGUCUACCCUCUCCUGAACAUCGCAGGGAAGUCCCUCUUCUGUCUCCGUCUGAGAGAGGGACGACACACACUACCAUUACUGGUCACGGAGCCGUGCUGUCUGUGGUGGCAGCAGUGUGUGUGUGUGGGACGGAGUGUGUGUGUGUCGGGGCUGCGUGUGUGUACACUGCAGGGCUGGUCUGGGAACAGGGUUCUGUGUGCAACGAGUCAGUCUUCUCUCACUUUGCUUCCUGACACACUGAUCCAGGACCUGUCUGAUCCACCCACAUUGGACAAGCACACCCCAGACCCAGACCCUGUGGGGUUAGAUCCACAGCUGUCUGACUGCUGUAGUACUGGGUGUCCUCUCCCAGAGAGACGGGGCGCUGGACCAGACCCUGUGGGGUUAGAUCCACCGCUGUCUGACUGCUGUAGUACUGGGUGUCCUCUCCCAGAGACGGGGCGCUGGCCAGACCCUGUGGGGUUAGAUCCACCGCUGUCUGACUGCUGUAGUACUGGGUGUCCUCUCCCAGAGAGACGGGGCGCUGGACCAGACCCUGUGGGGUUAGAUCCACCGCUGUCUGACUGCUGUAGUACUGGGUGUCCUCUCCCAGAGAGACGGGGCGCUGGACCAGACCCUGUGGGGUUAGAUCCACCGCUGUCUGACUGCAGUAGUACUGGGUGUCCUCUCCCAGAGAGACGGGGCGCUGGACCAGACCCUGUGGGGUUAGAUCCACCGCUGUCUGACUGCAGUAGUACUGGGUGUCCUCUCCCAGAGAGACGGGGCGCUGGACCAGACCCUGUGGGGUUAGAUCCACCGCUGUCUGACUGCAGUAGUACUGGGUGUCCUCUCCCAGAGAGACGGGGCGCUGGACCAGACCCUGUGGGGUUAGAUCCACCGCUGUCUGACUGCAGUAGUACUGGGUGUCCUCUCCCAGAGAGACGGGGCGCUGGACCAGACCCAGACCCCUCUCCCAUCCUGAGGCCCAAACUCUCCAAGACUAUCAGCUACAAGGGUGUGCUGACCAGUGUCCUGAGUGCGGCAGCGGGGCUCUAUGUGAUUGACGGGAAGGUGGGCCUGUGUUUGGCCUAUCAGCCACUGCAGAGGCGUGGCCUGCGUCCGGGGGCGGAGAUAGAACUCCAUGAUGUCCAUUUCUUGUACCGCCCCUCUCCCCACUUCCAUCCCUGCAUGCUCUGCGUGUGUCUACACUCCAGUCUACGUGUCACUUCCUUCAGCCGCCUGGGGUCAGAGGUCGACCGCCCUGGCGACGCCCCGCUGUCGUGGCUACUGCUGGAGAGGAAUCUGGGCGUGUCUCAGUACCUGUGGCUCUGUCACUGCUGCAGAGCUCUAAGAGACAGACUGGUCCCUCGCUGGGUGAAAGAGGAGUGCGUGUAUGUGGUGGCUAGGAGGCUGUUUGAGUGUGUGGUAACGUCAGAGAAGGGAGGAGGGAGGAGAGACAUCUACAGAGAGAUGCUACAGGAGCCACACCACUGUCCCCUCACUGAGUACUCUGUGAGUUCUCCAGUGUGUGAGUACGUGUCGGUGUCAGACUGUGUGUGUGUGAUGGAGAAAGAGUGCUGGUCGUCUCUGUCUCUCUCCUCUCUCCUCCCAGCCUGUGGUAGUUCCCUGACUCAGGCUGAGCUGAACCCAUCUAUAGCCUGGUCCGUAGGCCUCUCUCUGGGGCAGGACAGUCAGCCCCGACCCCUACUGCUGGUCGGAGUGUUGGAGCUCCCUGGAACACACACACUCCGCCUGAGAGACCAGACCGGCGCCGUGACCUGUGUUGCCGUGGAGACUGGCGAUGAUGGCUCGGGUGGUCAGAGAGCUGCCAACAACACUGCUUGGAUAGGUUGCUUGGUGUGUGUGCAGAAGUUCACCAUGGUGAUGGAGAGAUUCCUCCAAUCAGAGUUCCCUUCAUACAGACACCUGGACCAGGACAGUUACAUCACACACAGACACUGCAGGGUGUACAUCCAGCUGUGUCUGAACGACCUCCAGAUUCUCAGCCCCUCUGCUGCCAUGGCAUCACUCCUCAACAGAACGACACAGGGAGGAGAGAGGGUGGAGAGGAGUGAGACAGAGAGAGAGAGGGAGGAGAGGAGAGAGACAGAGAGAGAGAGCGAGGAGAGGAGAGAGAAAGGGGGAGAAGAGAGGGAGGAGAGGAGAGAGAAAGGGGGAGAAGAGAGGGAGGAGAGGAGAGAGAAAGGGGGAGAAGAGAGGGAGGAGAGGAGAGAGAAAGGGGGAGAAGAGAGGGAGGAGAGGAGAGAGAAAGGGGGAGAAGAGAGGGAGGAGAGGAGAGAGAAAGGGGGAGAAGAGAGGGAGGAGAGGAGAGAUGACGUUUCUGAGAGGAAGAAGAGGAGCAGAGAAGAGAGGAUAGAGGAAAAGAAAGAGGAGAGAGAGGGAGGGGCCAAGAGAGCACGACAAAACCACACAGAGAACGAGACCUGCUCCCAACCAGGAGGAGGAGCCUCAUUGCCAGGCGACCGGCCCUGUAUCUCCGUGGUGAUGUGUGUGGAAGGAAAGGAGGGCGUGGCCUGGCGGAACGAGGGGAUUGCCUGUGAGGGAGAAGAGGCUGGGUUAUCUCUGUGUUUCUCUGUGAGGGCUGAUCUCAUUGGUCAAAUUCAGCAGUGGGGGCGGGACCCCAGGAACUGUCCAUUACAGGAGAGAGAGACAGACGGACAGACCAGAACGGUAGAGCUGUUGUUUGUGAGGUCAUCAGUACGCUGGUUUCCUCUGAUCCAGGCUGGAUCUUUCUACAGAAUCAUCGCUCCUAACACCCAGGAUCCCAGUGUUCUGAUUGGCUGUCGUGUUGCUGGAAGGAGUGGUGUAGUGCUCCAUACGAACCCCUCCCUCCUUGUGCGCUCUGAUUGGAGGAUCCACACCCUGACCCACCCACUCUUGACCACGCCCUACUCCCAGUUUGUUUCUCAGAAGGUCAUGUCUGUGGCUGAGGUCCUAGACUGCAGCAGUGGGCUGGAUCUGGUGUCGUUCCAUGGAGUCAUAUCCAAGAGGAUCACCCUACAGAGAGGAACGACCACACACACUCCUACACAGAGAGACGUGGAAGCAGGACUGAGUGUGAGGUUGACGGUGUGUGUGGAGCCCAGAGGGCGGAGCCUGCAGGUCUAUUUGGACCUAAGCCUCACCCCCUACCCUCCCGGGCUGGUACCCGGAAACACUGUCCAGUUUACCAGCUUCCAACGCAGGCUAUCACGGGUGGGAGGGGUGUAUUGUCGUUCUGUCCCUGUCAGCUGUUUGACCAUCAUGGCCCUGGGAAAGACAGACACCCAGUCAUGUGACUCUCCUCCUCCCAUGAUCCUCUUGGGUGUGUGGGCAUUGGCAGGGGCAGAGCAGUGCAUUUUGGGCCAGGUCAGAGGUCAUGUGGUGUGUGUUCUCUACCUGCAGCUGCAGUGGACUUGUUCUCUGUGUGGCAGUAUAUACACACAGGAGAGGUGUACUCGGUCUCAGCCUCCCUGUACUUCUACCUCUGCUGUGUUUCAGGCCGAAGCCAAGGCAGCUGUAGAGGAUGGCAGUGGAGAGGCCCAUAUUUGGUUCUCCUGUCCAGUAAUUUCCGGUUUACUGGGGUUAGCCAUGCCCCAGUGGGAAGGGCUUCAGAGGUCACUGAGGGUCAGAGGUCACCUUAGGGUCUACACACGGGGGCGGAGCAUGGUGUGUGAUGUGGACGCUGACGACCCUCUCUUCCAGUACCUGUCCUGUGUGUGUAGCAGCAGCACUGUGUGUCGCCCCCUAACUCUCAUCUGCACACUACACACACGUUCACACACACCUGCUGCACGCAGAGAGGACUCUGCCCAGCUGAAGAGGUUUACCCGAGGAGACAGAGAGUUUGUGACUCGGAUGCCCCCCCCUCUCCAACUCACCUGUACACACAUCCUGGAGGAGAGAGAGCGGGACUGAGAGAGCGAUAGGGAGACAGAGAGCGAUAGGGAGACUGAGAGAGCGAUAGGGAGUCUGAGAGAGCGAUAGGGAGACUGAGAGAGCGAUAGGGAGACAGAGAGAGCGAUAGGGAGACUGAGAGAGCGAUAGGGAGACUGAGAGAGCGAUAGGGAGACUGAGAGAGCGAUAGGGAGACUGAGAGAGCGAUAGGGAGACUGAGAGAGCGAUAGGGAGACAGAGAGAGCGAUAGGGAGACUGAGAGAGCGAUAGGGAGACUGAGAGAGCGAUAGGGAGACUGAGAGAGCGAUAGGGAGACUGAGAGAGCGAUAGGGAGACUGAGAGAGCGAUAGGGAGACUGAGAGAGCGAUAGGGAGACUGAGAGAGCGAUAGGGAGACUGAGAGAGCGAUAGGGAGACUGAGAGAGCGAUAGGGAGACAGAGAGCGAUAGGGAGACUGAGAGAGCGAUAGGGAGACUGAGAGAGCGAUAGGGAGUCAGAGAGAGCGAUAGGGAGACAGAGAGCGAUAGGGAGACAGAGAGCGAUAGGGAGACUGAGAGAGCGAUAGGGAGACUGAGAGAGCGAUAGGGAGACUGAGAGAGCGAUAGGGAGACUGAGAGAGCGAUAGGGAGACUGAGAGAGCGAUAGGGAGACUGAGAGAGCGAUAGGGAGACUGAGAGAGCGAUAGGGAGACAGAGAGCGAUAGGGAGACUGAGAGAGCGAUAGGGAGACAGAGAGCGAUAGGGAGUCUGAGAGAGCGAUAGGGAGACUGAGAGAGCGAUAGGGAGACUGAGAGAGCGAUAGGGAGACUGAGAGAGCGAUAGGGAGACUGAGAGAGCGAUAGGGAGACUGAGAGAGCGAUAGGGAGACUGAGAGAGCGAUGGGGAGACAGAGAGCGAUGGGGAGACAGAGAGCGAUAGGGAGUCUGAGAGAGCGAUAGGGAGACUGAGAGAGCGAUAGGGAGUCUGAGAGAGCGAUAGGGAGACAGAGAGCGAUAGGGAGACUGAGAGAGCGAUAGGGAGACUGAGAGAGCGAUGGGGAGACAGAGAGCGAUGGGGAGACAGAGAGCGAUGGGGAGACAGAGAGAGCGAUAGUGAGUCUGAGAGAGCGAUAGUGAGUCUGAGAGAGCGAUAGGGAGACUGAGAGAGCGAUAGGGAGUCUGAGAGAGAUAGGGAGACUGAGAGAGCGAUAGGGAGACUGAGAGAGCGAUAGGGAGACAGAGAGCGAUAGGGAGACAGAGAGAGCGAUAGGGAGACAGAGAGCGAGCGAGGGAGCGAGAUACUUGGGGACUGAGGGAGAGCGAGGGACUGAGGGAGAGCGAGGGACUUGGGGAGCGAGAGGGAGGGACAGAGCUAGGGGGGGAGAGAGGGAUACAGACA